UCCUUUCCCUUUUUUUUUGCAGCCAUGCAAGCGGCUCCGGCCGCCUCGGAGCGCAACAAGGGCCCGAUCCUGGCAGUGUUGAGGGAGUGCGUGGGGCCGGGCGAGGUGCGGGUGCUGGAGGUGGGAGCUGGGGUGGGUUUACACGCCGCCCACUUCGCCAGGGCGCUGCCCACCAGCCGCUGGCAGCCCUCGGACAUCGACCCCGCCGCGCUGCGGAGCAUCGCUGCCUAUGCGGAGGCCAUGGGGGUGCCCAACGUGCUGCCCCCCAUCCUGCUGGACGUCUCGCAGAGCUGGGAGACAUGGGGGGGCACCCAACCCGCCACCCUCGACCUCCUCGUCAGCAUCAACAUGAUGCACAUCGCGGAGCUGCGGUGCACCGAGGGCCUGUUCAAGGGUGCAGGGGUGCUGCUGAAGCCCGGAGGCGUGCUCUUCACCUAUGGGCCCUACGCCGUGGACGGCCGAAUCAGCCCCCAGAGCAACGUGGAUUUUGACCGCAGCCUGAGGCGGAGCAAUCCCGCCUGGGGCCUACGGGACACGGCGCUGCUGCGGCAGCUGGCCGAGGCCAACGGGCUGCGCCUGGAGAGGAUGGUGGACAUGCCAGCCAACAACAAGUGUCUCAUCUUCCGCAAGCAGUAACCUGCCCCAAAGGCUCCUCUCGGCACCUUUGCGGCUCGGCCACCCCUCAUUGAUGCCUCCUCGAGAGGUGCCACCAUCCCCGUGCCAGGGCUGGGGACAGCAGGGAUGGGACGGUGCCCAAGUUCCCCGGCCUGGGCU